AUGAACAGAAUUUACUCACAGAAUUUUGAUACGGAUUCACUGGGUUCAACCAAAUCCCAUCUCACUGAUAUGAAAGCAGGUACCACUCAUGACCAACCAGACUGCUGCAGAAAGUGUUUUUCAUGGACCCUUUGCACUCGACGAUGCAUCUGUGUAUCUGCCAUUAGUCUUAUUAUACUUGGUAUCAUCAUUGCCAUCAUCGCAUUGGCUGUGACCGUCGGCAUUCCUCCUCCUACCCCAGUUAACCGUUUAUGUGUGACUACCAGUAAGCAGACAGGCUUUUUAUGUGAUAACAGAGAGACCUGCAUUCCAGCCAGUGAAGUUUGUGACACAAGACAAAAUUGUGCCAAUGGGGAAGAUGAGCAAAAAGCAUUAUGUAGUGAUUUGCCAAAAAGCCUUCCUGGACACUUGAUAUUUUAUUGCAAGAAUCCCAGGCUUUGGAUCUAUGCCGACAAAAAGUGUAAUGGAUUUAAUGAUUGUGGAGAUUGUUCUGAUGAAAUAGGGUCACAAGCCAACUGUCCUCCUUGUGGAUCUGAAUCUUGGAGUUGUACCCUGGUGGUCUUCCAUGAUUAUUGUACCUGCAUUCCUAGAAGUUUUUGCCGAGAUGGAAUACAACACUGCUUUGACUGGUCUGAUGAAUACCGCUGUACAAGAUAA